AUGAUAACGAAGGCAGUAGAAGCUAGUGGAACAGUUACUAUUACAACUGUAACCCAGCAACUAUUUCGAACAAAGAUGGAUUUUAAUGAAUGUUUUAUUCAUCCAAAGUCAUUCUCUUUAGACCCUAACAUUUAUACAGAACUUGUAGAACAUUAUACAAACGAGGCUUUAUGUUUUCCUGUUAAAGUUAUGGAUUGGAUUCCUAUGGACGGUUCAUUCUCAAAGAAUACAGAUAGUUCAAGUGCAACAUUUACAGCAGCUUAUACGCCUAUUAAUGUUAAAAGUAUUUGGACACUAUUUAGAAAGAAAGACAACUAUUAUGUUAAUUUUGAGAACCCUAAGUUUAAAUAUCUUCAGCUUUCCAUGGGAGCUUAUGGAAAUAUGCCUGCAGAACCUGAAAAAUCAUAUGGACCUGUAUUUUAUGAAAUGGUUGCGAACGCUUGCAAUACAAACAAUGAUAUGAUUGGACUUAAUGAAGAUGUUAUGAGGUCAUUGGUGGAUGAUGGUAGUGUGGAACAUAAAUGGGAUAGCUAUGACAACACACAUUUCUUAUGUGGUUUUCCAACAGAAGUGGACUUUUGCUUCCAGCAAGGUCAAACAUCUACUGCUCCAAUAACAUACAAAUUGUCUGUUAAAGGACCUAUUGAACUAGCAACUGAAAAUGUACCAAAGCCACUUAUUGGAUUUAUGAGGGAUUGUUGCUUUGCCAUUCAGGUGCGUGCUAAUGGCAUCCCCAUAAUAAGAUUAGAUGACUAUAACUUAGCUACGGACGACAGUGAGGAAUAA